AUGCAGAAUUAUACUGAUUAUAAUUUAUAUAAAAACUCUGAUUAUUGUAAUAAACAGGAUAAUACAGAUCAACUUUUUAAUUGUGUAGAUGUAAAAUUAUUCGAUAUGGAAAGAUAUAUGGGAAACGCUAACUAUAAUUUGGAUUAUUUGAAUCCAGUAUUAAAUCAUCCUACAAAAAUAGAACAUGGAAAAAUAAAAAUUUUAAUUUUAGAUGCUCCGACAAAUGAUUUAUUGCCAUUAUAUAUAAAAGAAAUGAAAAAUUAUAAUGUGACUGAUUUAGUUAGAACAUGUGAAAGAACAUACAAUGAUGGAGAAAUAAAGCAAGCAGGGAUUAAUGUUCAUGAAUUAAUAUUCCCAGAUGGAGAUGCACCAACUGACGAUAUAGUAAAUAAUUGGCUAACUGUCGUUAAUAAUGUAAUAAAAAAUAAUUGUGCUGUUGCUGUUCAUUGUGUAGCAGGAUUAGGUAGAGCACCAGUUUUGGCUUCUAUUGUUUUGAUUGAAUUUGGUAUGGAUCCGAUUGAUGCAAUUGUAUUUAUACGUGAACGAAGAAAAGGCGCAAUAAAUAAAAGACAAUUGCAAUUUUUAAAAUCAUAUAAGAAAAAAAAAAAAAAAAAAAAUUGUUUAAGAAAAUGUCAUUUUAUGUGA